UAGCUCUCUAGCUAGCUUAGCUUUAGCUCUGUGCAUGUGGCCGUGGCUGUAGCGUCGAUCAACGGUAUGGUAUCGUUUUGCCCGCCAAGACUCCCGGGCGCGGAAUCUAGCUAAGUACGGUCCUUGGCCUGGCGGCCUGCCUAUAGCCCGGGCGUAACACUAACACACUCGACUCGAGAUUAGAUUGUGGAUCAUCACGGCUUUCGUAAACAUUCUUCGUAAACGGCUUUCGUGAACAAUAUACAGACUUUCAUAAGCGAUGUCUUUAAAAUACCAAAAGGGAAAUGUGCUCCGUUGCACUUUGAAAAAGCCUGUUGAUUUAUAUGCCAAGACUUCGGAUGGUAAAGACAAACUAGGCCCAAGUUUUUGUGCCUGUGGUGUGUCUGUUGUGGAUAUAACCUUUCCCAACUUUGAAUUUGUCGAUAUUGGAGAUAUUACAUUCAAGAAUAACUACACUGGGUUCAUGUCGAUGAAGCUAAGGCGGAAUAAAGAUGAAAACCAAGGUGAGUGUAAAUGGUUAACAUGUAUCAAACCAACCCAGCUGAUGCCUGAUGUACAUUGUGAUAUCUCUUCUCAGGAUUACUUCACAUUUACAAGAGAUCAGAUGCUGGUUUCACCUGACAAGGUUACGGCACUUCGUCUGAUCCUGCAGCAGCCGUCUCCAGUCUGGGCCAGCUUCGGGGUCGACAAUGUGGUAAUCACAGAAUAUAAUGAAGAGAGAGUGACGGUUCCUCCAAUGGUAGAAUGGUUGGAAAAGCAUCAGUAUAAAUUGGCUCAGUCACCUCGACCUGGCUCUAAGAGUUUAUUGCCCGUUGAUGAGAUUGCAGCAGGAGUACAGAGGCUUUGGGCUCUGACAGCUAAGGUACAGGAGCAGCAGACAGAGAGUGCUCUAGGAAGAUUUGAUGUUGAUGGUAGCUAUGAAGUCAAUCUCUUGUCCUAUACCUGAAGCACCCUUCUCACUCAGUAUGACAAUGAUGAUCAAGGGAUAGAUUACUAGAGCCAGGAUGAUGAACAGAAGCAUGGGUGUAAAGCCCACCCAGCAUAAUGAGGUAUAUCAUGAAAACCAUGAUGAUGAUUAUCAGAUGUAGUCUGCAGAAGAUUUCAGAUUGUUUGGUCAGACAAUAGAAGUAUCUAGUGCAAUGAAGGCAGUGCACUUUGCACUAAUCUGAUGUGAAGAAUUGUUCACCUGUGUGACCAGAUAGCCAUCGCUCCAGGCUGAUUCAUAAAGCUGUUAAAUAAGAUGCCUCAUUUUUUUUUUGUAUUUUAAGGUAACAGGAGGACCCUUCUUUUUAUUUUAUUUUGAUGAUGCUUUUGCUGUAAAAUUUUAAAUACCUAAGAGUAUGAAUUUUACCAAAACAAAAUUAGUCACCUCUCUUCUCAAGUGCACAUUUGCUUUGUAUACAAACUCUUUGGGAGUGAAAAGUUGUCUCAAGUACUGACAAAAUAGAUUGCAGUGAAUGAUCUGUCACUGGAGACUUAUUUCAUAAGGCCAACACCAACAUUAAGGCCUUCGUGAUUCCCUCCAUUAAGUCAUUGAAGCGUAACUGUAAGUUAAAUCAUAGUUUGACUUAUUCUCAAUUUGGCCAUAAAGGGAAAGAAGGAAUUAAGAGGAAAGGAAUUUGAUGUACCAAAUUAAAAUUGCAAUACAUUGUCAUUCAUUUCAUUGGCCUAGUUUUUCUAUAUUUACUAGGAAUGUAAGUCAUUGCAUAAUGUCCUCUGAUUUUACUCAGUUGCAACAGAUGUUUGUAUUCACCUUUCACUCAACUUCCUGAUCUCUCUCUUAAAUCUCUUUAACACUAAUAUGCUUUUCACACUGCACUUUUUGUCCUAAAUUGGUGGGGCUAAGGGGGGGGGUCUUAGCCCCACCAGUUUCC